UACGCGCAGCCCCGUCAGUCUAGCGCCGUCAGCGCCACCUUACGGACCCUCCGACAACUCCGCACUUUCACAUCACAACGGUACAGCGACCGCGCAGAACAUGGCGUUCUGAUUACGAAAAAAAAAUAUUGUAGUGUAAAAAAAAAAUAUAGUGAAGUGAAAAAAUUUUUCCGAACGAUUUUUUUUAUCGAUGAAUUCCAUAGUGCUGUGAAAAUGCUACAGCCGAGGUUAUAUUGUGACGGAAACAGCCGCAGGAUGCCUUUCAGGAGUUCAGUCGUGUUCGCCGCGUUAUUAUUAAGCUCGACACUAGUUACAUGUCAAGAUAUAAACAACGAUGAACAAAUAGAAUCUUCAAGGAUAAAGAGGGAAGGAGUUCCCGAAAACAGGGCAUUUAACACAAAUGGUAUUGUAUAUGAUAACACACCUUGGAGACCAGGAAGAGAUAUGGAUUUAGAGGCAAAGGAACCUGAAGAGGAUGAGAGAAGGCUAAAGAAUCUAGCCACAAGGAUAAUGUCUAAUGGAGUCGAAGUACUGGUCAAGGAUAAAAACGCUGAAGGAAAGCAAGAACAGCGCAAACUUAAGCUCAUUCACGCCACUGCGUUACAACCGUACCACAGCUCAUCUUCAGCAUCAAAACAAUUGCUAUCAUCAGCAGUCGCCACUGUCGUCAGUCGUCAGCAAAUAAGCGCUCUCUUCCCUUUACACCAGCUCAUGCAACAUAACUAUAUCAUCAAGACUUGUAUGACCACUUACACAUAUUUAACAACCGUGGUUCAAAACAAAAGGAGUGCUAUAUCAACAUUUGAGACCAUAGUCUCAGUUGUUACUACAGAAUCUCUUACCAAUCUUUACGAUACUGAUGUUAUACCAGACUUAAAGCCGACAAAAACCAAAUACAUGGAAGUGAAGACCAUCCAACCAUCAGCGGCGACCAACAUGUACAUGAGCAGUUAUCCAAAGAUUGAUAAACGAAUUGACAGCGCAGAAGACGACAGUAACAGUUUCGAGCUGAUCCAGCCUUCAGAAGUCAGUAAUCCACCCUGCACUAGUUCCUGCUCUUGUAGUAACACAAAGACGGAAGGCUUGCAGACUAAAUACAGCAAUAUUAACUUUUCUGGAUCAUCGAGUAAAUAUGGUAUGAAGACAACGAACUAUGGUGCCACGAAACUAGACUUAAGACCAACAAACAAAGAAUCUGUGGAUAAAAAAACUAAGUACGGACCUUAUGAAUAUGAAACUAAUUCCCACUUAGCCCCAACCGACAAAGUAGUUGAAAAGUAUACAGAAGUCAUCAACGAUUAUUCCGAUGAAAAAGAUUCGAAUUCAGUUGAAGAAAGUGAAUUGUUGACGAAUGAACAGGCGCCGGCUCCACCGAAAACAAAUAAAGUAAAUACGAAAGUUCCAGAAAAAACGAAACCUGACAAACCACAGAAACCAAACAAAAACAAGUUUGUCGUUGCAGAUCUUUUGAAAUUAGGAACUUUGGGAAUAAAAGGUUUGACGCAAUUGGCACCCGUUAUUGAAAAGAUGACAGGCGGUUUCAUAAAACGACAAGACACACUCAAUAAAACCACAACGACGACGGUCAAGCCUGCUGUUAAGUUGACAGCCUACACUGCCAACAAAAGAGUGGACACUGAUUUAGAAGGAAAACACAGUAACUUUCCAAUUUACAUUCCAGUAGACGAAUUAGAAACUUCAGAAUCUCAACUUGUGUUUACCAAUGCUACAUUACAUCAGAACUUGGCGUGGGCAGCCGAACAUAAGCAGCCUAAAGCACACAUUGUCCCACCUAAAAUUGUGCACGAAAGCCCACUUGUCAACGGCGGUAUACCCAUUAGUCCCGGUGAAAUAAUAACGGCUAACUCAGACGUCAUUGUUGGGAAACCAGCCGUGGGUGGACCUUUAACCUUGGCUGCGAGCGGAAUUAAGUUACAAAACUCGGUCAAUCCUCCGCCUAUUGACAGUUUUAUUGCAGCGAACGAACAAUACUUCGUGAACGAGAAGCCACUUGGUGAUCAACCGCCAAGUGAUGAUUCUUAUGAUUUGAGGCCACCUGAGUUACCUAAACCAAAUCCAAAACCAAACAGGCCUAUGCAAAGACCAAUGCCCUCAUUUAAUGUUCAAAAUUCUGCUCCGAAUGAUAAAUACCCAUAUCGCAUGCCAGGGAGCAUACAUGACCAUCUAAUGAAAACUGAACAAAUUAAAACUAACGUACCUGUAUUAAGCAAUCAUGGCAGACCAGCAUUUUUGGAUUACAUUCCAUCAUUGGCGAAACCUACCAAUGCUCCCAUUAAACAUCACAUUGAUUUUAAACCUGUGAAUGAAGAAAAUGUGGAUCCUGUACCUGACAACAGCCCAAGUUCUUCUGAAGUUGUGAACACGCAAAUAAGAACGGAGAAUAGUUUUACAGUGGCAGGAAAUGUAGAAUCCAAUAAGCCUUUCUUAGUUGAUAUCCAACCUUCAAGAGUUGCGAACGUGCUCAUUCCACAUGGCAGCUCUACAGCUUUAGUAUUUGCUGGAUCUUCCGAGCCUCACAAAACUGGAGACUACAUUGAUGAUCCUCUUCCAUACCCUGAACCAGGUUACUUUGGCAGUUUUAGUAUAGAUGCGCCACAAAUGACCAAUGUGCAUAAUGUACCAACUAACACCAAUAAACAGUAUGUUGGCAAACCGAAUGUUCAUCCACCCUUAGAUAGUCACAAACCCAAUGUACCACCUUACAAAGACCAAUCGCACAGAAACGACUUGAAAAUAAAAUGGAAAGAUAAUAAACGCCCAAUCGACUACAAUAAGAUACCACCUCCAACAAGCAACCAAGAAACUCACGUACAAGUAGGUCCACAAAUAACUGUUUACGAUCCAGAUGUGUACAAUCCUAAUAAUGGUGAUUUUGACAAAUAUAACAAACAUAGAGGUAAAGACAAACCGAAGGAUGGUAAAGAAGUAAUUGACAAAGAAUAUGAAAAUUACUUAGCUGUACCACCUCCACCGCAGCAGACCCCUCAAAAACAAUAUUAUAAUCAAGAUAAUAUAUACGAUAAAAGUAAACCUUAUAGCCAACGACCCAUAGUUCAUACCAAACCUGUGCAAGACAUGAAAGUAUUUUUGAAUAUUCAGCAUCCAGUACCUGAGCAGUUACCACCUAAAGUUACUUCUGAAAUCUACUUCGCAGCACAGAUGCCGAACAGCAAGCCUUCUCCUACUUAUACAAUCCGCAUUCCACCAGCAUCACCUAACUACAAUACCUUCAACCAGGCUACAAAUAAUAUGCAACCUCCUAAAGGAAAUAACGCAGGUCAAAUUCAGAAUUCAUUUUCAGUGAUAUCUUCACCAAAUAUGGCUAACAAAUCUUUUGUGCCACAAGUCAGUGAAGAUAAGGAUAAUACUUAUACGGUUACACUAAACACAGCUACUAAUGUAGCUAGUAACAACGAGGUAGGACAAGUAAUUGGCUCUAGUGUAGCUGUGCCCGUCGGUACAUCGACUCAUGUUAGCCAACUCAAUACCGAUAUACCUAUUGGAACAAACUUUGCAAUCAGAGUGGAAGAUAAUACUUCGCCUUUGGAAACUUACAAUCUACAAGGCAAUUCAAACCCACCAACUGUUUUUAAUGAUAACAGCCGCAUACCACAAGUUACUGUAGGAGACAAUAGAUGGAACAAGAGUUCUACAGAUACAAUUCAUUCAACAAUAGUUGGAAACAGCUAUAAUAACCAAAACUAUGGAGACAAAAAGCCAAGCUAUGAAGAUAAAAAUCACUAUACCAGUCACAGUCAACAAAAUGUAAAUAAGAAUCAAAAUUAUGCUAGCACGAAUCAAAAUCAAUAUGUUAAUAAAAAUCAAAAUACAGAAAUUAAGAAUCAGAACUACAACAACAAGAAUCAAAACGAUGGACACAUCAAUCAAAACUAUGGUAACAAACAACCAUCGUAUGAAGAUAAGCAACCGACAUAUGAAAAUAAACCAUCAAGUUUCAAUGUCCAUAGCCAAAACUUUGGAAACGUAAACUAUGCAAACAAAAACCAAGAUCAAGGUAACAAAAACUUUGAAAAACCUAGCCAAACUUAUGGAAACCAGAACAAACAACCAAGCUUUGAGAACCAGUAUCAAAACUAUGGAGACAAAAAUGUACGUAAUCCUGUAAAUCCAUCUAUACCACCUUCUCUCAAUAGUCACGCUAACUUCCCAAUGAUGAACGAUUACUCGACGCCUUCAACUGACAACGAAGCUGUAAAACCAGUCACAGAAUACCCAGACAAUGUAAAAUCAAGUGACAUCAAGAGACCAGCAAAAUUAAUACCAAACAUACCAACAAAUUCCCACGGUUGGUAUUCUAGUGUGCUUAAUGAAAAUAAGAUUGUUAAUAACAUUAAAGUAGAAGCUACCACCAGAAAGAUUAUACCAUUGAUUCACGAUUACAAUGAGAAGAAUAAUUCACCUCAGUUUGGAGAGAAAAUUACAAGCGCUGGUAAACCACCCACCGAAUUUUGGUCACAAAAUGGACCAACCGUUACAGGUUUCAGUAUAGGAAAGCCUUUUACUAAACCUCAAAUUACAGAGAAGCCAUUAUCUACAAACCCACCGUUUACAACUAAACCAUUUAAUGUUAAUUACAUUCCGUCCAAUUUGGGAGGAAUGAGACAGCCUGCUUAUGAUAUACCUAUUAGAGACAACAGCGAUGAGACGACUACCGCUAAAGUUAACUUAUCAACUGAUAAAAUAAAGCCAGUAUAUGAAAACUCAGAAGAAAUAUAUGACGGAGAAGAAGAACCAGAGAACGCAGGUGAAAUUGACGGAGAAGUUAGUUCAGAAUCCAUGAAAGUUCCUGUAGUAAGUGCUUCAAGUGAAAUCGACAGCAGUUCCAAAUCUUCUACUGAGAUCACUCUCCUACAAGAUGAAGUAUUGAGUCCACCUAAGAACGAGGAUAAAGAUGAAAGCAACAAAAUCCUUGUCAAUUUCAACCCUGGUACACAAACCGAAAAGCCAUUUACUUCUUACAAUAGUACCGGCUUCCAAUCAAAUACGAUAAAACCAAUUUAUGAAAACAACCCAUACAAUAAACCCAGACCGUUUACAAUCAACACUGCCAUCGUUCUUGAUCAUCAGUUACAGCAGCCUCACUGGCAGAUCAACCAUAUGAUGGAAAAUACUACAAAUGCAUCUUACGAAGAUAACAUAGAUUUGAAUAUCGGAGAAGAAAUGGACAAACCAUCAAAAUUCAAGCCACCUACAUCAUCAAACCCUCUCUAUGUUACAGAAUCAGAUGUAAAAUACAAGAGGCCACCAAGACCAGUAUUUGCCAAUCGGUACAAUAACACGCAAGUGCAUAACGAAUCAAUUAUAACAUCUACAGUUCAUAUUCAAGAUAAAAAACCAUUGAUUGUGGAAAAAGCCACAGAAAAAACGACUUUACCGACAUUCACGUUAUCUAACUUAGAAUUGAAUCGUACUUCCAGUGAGAUCAUUGAUCUGUCACCACCGCCACCAACAAUGGACUAUAACUUCAAGCCAUCUACGAAUGAUGAGAUGAUUAUGGGUAUGAGCCCUCCUCCUCCACGCACUCCUCCUGGUAUCAGGCUUCCCACUAGAGUUCCUUUGACUCCUCGUCCAGCUAUACCUAUUAGAACUCCACCACCAUACAGAACCAAGCCGUCAAGACCUGUCCCACCUCGAGUAACUACUCAAAGACCAAUAAGGAAACCAGUUGUUAAUAGGGAUGAGAUAUCAACUUACAGGCCUGCUUUCGAUAUACUCAACAAUAUCAGAAGACCGACUUACAACCGUGAUCAACCAUCAUCACAGCUUUUGCCUCCUCCUAGGGAUAUCCCAUCUAGGGUUGUCAGUCCUGUAGAAGUACCAGCACCAACAGUUAGCAUUCCAGAUGUACCUAAGGUGGUCUUCCCAACUCCUAUCUCUUCAGGCUGGCUAACUUCCUCUGGCAUAGAUUUCUCAUCCAGCUUUAACUUCAACCCAACGUCCAUACAGUUCCCUGAAUCUCCAGAACCAUCCAAGAUUCCUGAUUCCUCUGAAGUAUCGUCUUCCUCAGAAAACUCUUACUCAUAUGAAACGGAAUCAUCUUCUGAACGAGGUGAUGAUGAAGUUAGUUACGAGAAACCGGUUACAGAAGAUAGAGUGGUUGCUUCUAAAGAAUCUAGUACUGAGGCAAGUACUACUACUACUACUACUACGACAACAACAACGCCUAAGAUUACAACAACUAGCACGGAAUCCAGUGAAUCUUCCUCUGAAGCCAGUCAAGAAGAAAGCACUACGGAUAAAAUGAAGGUUAUUCCACUUGGCAACAAGAAUAGGACUCGCAAACCUUACCCAGUACGAAUCGAUGAAAAGAAAACUACCACUAGCAAAUACAAGUUGCCUCCCAAACCUACAUCUAUUAUUAAACCAACUAGGACUAUAUCUAGACCUGAAAUCUUAUAUCCGACAAGGCACACUUCUAUCAGGAAGAUUGUACGACCGAUCACUAGAGUACCUCCUAUUAUUCCAACCGGUAUUAUUGAAAGUUCAGAAUCAUCAAUUGACGAAGAUUUCAUCAGACCAACGGAGGUCUUGAAAGACAACAUUCCAUCGACAAUUGCUGAGUUAGAAGUAACAAGUCUGGUAGAAAGAGAACCUUCCAGCUUACCUAGUAGCAUUCCUUCAAGUGUAGAAAAUAGCAUUCCUUCUAGCGUUCCAACUCCAAGUAUAGAAGAGAUCACAACUAUAAAACCAACUCACCACGCUGGUAACGAAGUCAAGAUAUCAGACGAAAUCAUCCCAACGAAGACUGAAUUUAGAACAACUGUCAUCACACUCACUAAAACACUAUCAGAGCCACCGAAAACAGUGUCAAGCAUUGGCUACGUGAAUCUAACACACACAUUAACGGUCACACAUACAAAGACAAGUUUAGUCAGCCAAUCAGAAGGAGCUGUGACCCAAACCUUGAUUCUAACAAACACACAGACAUCGACAAUUGUUGACGUUGUAACAGAGGUACACACACAAGUGCAACCUACAACGAUUAUAGAGACAGUGACGAAACACAUACCAAUACAGGUGCAACCAACACCAGUUCAAGAAAGCAUUCCAAAAACUAAAGUAUCUUUAGACGAUAUUACAAUGUCAUCGGAAGAGAAUGAUAAUCUGAUUAUCAGAGAUUCUGAUACAACUGAUAAUAUCAUUCAGAAGAUUGAGAAUGAUAGUGAUACUGAGAAUGAUAACGAUACUUUCUUCGUUGUGAUGAAUAAGUCUCAGAAUGGAGGCCAAUCUCCGCCAGUGAGUACUGAUAUUGAGACUGGAGAUUACGAUGUGACUAGGAAUGAACAAGUCAAUAACAAUGGUGUGUCUCAAGUAUUGUUCGGAGAGAUUCUAUUGGCUGGCACACCUUAUCUGGAGACUACUAAUGUUAAUCCUAAUGGUGUGCCAUACGGCAAGGAAUGCCAGCCAGAUUGCAAAGCCUCCAGAAACGAGCGCUGCCAGCGAAUCGAUGGACUCAUGAAGUGCGUGUGCAGACCUGGUUUCGCCAGAAUGUUCCCUGACAGGCCUUGUAAACCAACAUACACCUACUCCGUGAAGCUGGCUCUGGGAUCUCAAGGAAACGAAAGACUGGAAUUCCAAGACAAUCUAUCUGAUAACUCAAGCAAGGAGUACCAUGCGUUAGCCGUGGCUUCUCAUGAAGGUAUCAACAGGAUGAUCAUGCAGUCAGACCUGAGGGACGUCUACCAUGGGGUCCACAUCAAUGGCUUCCACCCAGUGGAGAUGAAGACUACAGGAGGAGACUUAUACCAGGGUGUGAUGAAUGACUUCUAUGUACAGCUCUCGGACAAUGCCCAUGAGAGCAGACUGAAGGAGGUCAUUGAGAAGUACUUGAGGAACAACAACUACAGCCUCGGAGGGACGGAGGUCCAUGCUGCUAGUGAGCUGAUGGAGAAAUUGGAUGUUAGCGACUUCGACGAGUGCGUGAGUGGGCAGUUCCACGAUUGCUCUGAGCAUGCGCAAUGCUUCAACCUGCGCGGUACCUACACUUGUAGCUGUCUUGAAGGUUUUGCUGACCUCAGCGUCAACGCGCUGUACCCUGGCAGGAUCUGUUCUGCUGAACCAGUGGGAUGUGAAAGGUGCAACUAUCACGGCGCUUGUUACUCCAGGGAUGACAGAAGAGUUCUAUGCGAGUGCUUCCAAUGGUACGCCGGUAGCUCCUGCCAGAUUAAUUUGAAGGUGGUCCUAAUAUCCCUGGUGGUAUGUGGUGCUCUCCUGACGGUGGUGCUGGCUGUGUGUGCUGUGAUGGCGUGUUCGAGGCGCGCGCGCAGGGCGCCGCAUCCACAACGCUCCAUCGUCGCUUGUAUACAGAGCAUGCCUAGUUUACAUCAGGGUGCGAUGCCAAAACAAAGAGCUGACAGAAGAGCACUGAUCAGUGAACGAGGAGAGUCUGGAGACAACUCUAGCAUCCAGAAUGCGUCGCUGCCUUAUAUACCAGCGAAGAGAGCGUCAACAAGCGCUAAGAAGUGCGUGAUGUCGGACCCACCAGCACACGAUCCUCCGCCGCCACCAGCUCCUGCUGUCAUGAUCCCUAGAGCCAGGCUGCAUCCUCAUCAUGGAGACAGCCGUGAAAAUAUUGCCAGAAAGAGGAGUUUGGAGCUCAGCAGUGAAGCGAAGCUGAUCAGUUACUUGGAGUCUGGAGCGACCACCUCCAAUGAUGAGAUGAGAAGAAAACAUAGCUUGGAAUCUUCGUACAGUGCAAAUAAGGACAGGCAUAACAAACAAGGAGCCCUAGUAUCAGCAGGAUUCAAGGUAUCGACUACAAUCAGACCAGACGAGGCUGCAAUGAAGGAGGACAGGGAUGACCUCUCCUCAGUAACCAAAGGAGACUUGGAGGCUGAACUCGCAAGAUUUGAUACGCUAAGGAAAUCUUACAGCCAAGAAGAUCUAUCAGAAUGGACUGAUGCUGAAAGAAGGUUAGGUGAAUUGACUCUAUCAGAAGCCAGAUCUGUCGGUGGAACUCUUCCAGCGAGCACAGGACGAGCAGCUUCAUCAACACGUCUCACACACCAGGAACACACGAUGGCUGAGCGCGACCUUGGAUCCACCUUCCUCUUGCCACACGUGCACCUCUACAAACCAGACCUAACCAGUGACGUGUCAGAAUUCGACUCUCUCUGAAGAAGCCAGUUCCAGUCACAUUUUUAAACAAGUAUUACUUUUGCUAAUUGCAUUAUUAGUCUAACUUUUUUAUUACAACCCCCUUUUUACUCAUAAAUAAAAGAAGAAUUCUUACUCAUAAAUUCUCGAGGCAUUCUCAAUAAAUAUUUUUACUCAAAUAAAUAAAUUCAAAUUAUUUUUAUGAGAAAAAAGGGGAUUUUCCUGAGGCGUUUUAUUUUUACCACCAAAGCAAAGACUUAUCUUAUUUAUUAAACUUAUUUAUUUCUAUUUAAAUGUUGAAUGCUUAUAAUUUAUUGUUAUUUUUUAUUUUCGCCUUAAUUCAACGAAAUGAUUAUUAAAUGAAAUUAUUUUUAAAAAUGCCAUAGUAAAUGUAAGCAUUUUUAGAUAUUAAGAGAAAAAGUUUGAAAAUAAUUUGAAUGAGAAAUCGAGAAAUAAUUAGUUAAGGGUAUAAAGUUUUUGAAUAAAGAUUUCUCAUUUGAAGAAUUUUCAUUGAUUUGUUACAAAAGAGAAAAAAAUUGUGCAACAAAAAGUGCCAAUUUAUUUUUUUUAUAAUUUUGUUUGUAGAAUGGGAUACGCCAUGCUUUUUUGUCGAAGCUAGUUAUUAUAAAAAAAAAGUUUCAAUAAUUAUGAAUUUUACGCAUUAGCUACAUUCAAACAUAGGUACCUUAAAAAAAGCAUGGCGACUAUAAAAAUGGGUUAUUGUUAUAAAAUAAUUUGUGAAUACUCAUAUCACAUUUGCAUAGUUAAUGACUUGUAUCUUUUUAUUAAGAUUUUUUUUAUAUUUUUUUGUUAAUAAACUCUAGUUAAAUAAA